GCGACCUUACUCUCAGCAACAAACCCACCAAACUUUUUCCAAGAUGGGUGUUGAUUUGAGGCAAGUGGUGGCUGGUGUCUUGACACUCACCAUGUUUGUUAUGCUUGGUAACAUGAUUAAAAGAGACCACUUUGAUUCCAUCACUGAAAAGCUUCCAGGUGAUGUACAGGAUGUUGCAAAGGUUGCAGAGCAGGGGCUUUAUACAAUUGCUAAGAUGGGUAAAGGGCCUUGGUUGGAGGAUGGCCAAGAAUUACAACCUUGUUGGUCCAAGUCAAAUUUUGAUGAGCUGUCCCAAUCAAAAGGAUAUGUUACAUUCUCAUUGACUAAUGGCCCUGAAUACCAUGUCUCACAGAUUGCUGAUGCGGUGGUUGUAGCACGUGUCCUGCAAGCAACACUUGUUAUCCCUGACAUUAGAGGAAGCAAACCAGGUGAUGAAAGGAAAUUUGAGGAUAUUUACAAUGUUGAGAAGUUUAUAGGAAGCCUGGAUGGGGUGGUCAGAUUAGUAAAAGAACUGCCUGAUGAAAUAUCGAUCCGAAAUCUUGCAGUCGUGAAGGUUCCUAAUCGAGUCACGGAAGACCAUGUCAUGGAAAAUGUUUUUCCAAUCUUUAAAGCAAAAGGCAACAUAAGGCUGGCAACUUACUUCCCUUCAGUAAAUAUGAGAAAGGCCACAGAGAAAAGUAAUACUGAUUCAGUCGCAUGUUUGGGAAUGUUUGGAAGUUUGGGGCUCCAACCGGAGAUUAAUGAAGUUGUUGACUCUAUGGUUGAACGAUUGAGAGCUUUGAGUCGAAAGUCAGAUGGGCGGUUUGUAGCAGUGGACUUGAGGGUUAAUCUACUGGAUGAUAAGGGUUGUCAUGAAAGUGUUGCUGCUGGGAGAAAAAGUUGUUACAGUGCACAUGAGAUUGCCAUAUUUUUGAGGAAGAUUGGAUAUGACAAGGAUACCACCAUCUACUUAACUCAGUCAAGAUGGGAUAGCAGUCUUACGGUGCUGAAGGAUAUCUUUCCUAAAAUGUACACCAAGGAGAGCAUAAUGCCUGCAGAUAAGAAGGAUAAGUUCCUAGAGUCAAAAGAUUCGGAAUACGAAAAGGUUAUUGACUUUUACAUAUGUUCUCAGAGUGAUGUUUUUGUACCAGCCAUCUCCGGUCUGUUUUAUGCCAAUGUAGCAGGAAAAAGAAUAGCCUCCGGUAAGACUCAGAUCCUUGUUCCGGCUGAUAUUUCUGGUUCCUCUGCACCCGCUACGGAUUUCAUCUCCCCCUAUGUUCUGAAAAAGAACCACUUCGCCCAUUCAUGUUUUUGUUAAAGCAACCUAAAAAGGUGGUAAGUUUUCACAAUAGUUGUACUCAAGCAUACCUGUCAAACCUUUCAAGUAAGCUGAUGGACUUGUCCAUUAUAUUGUUCAUACUUCAUUUAGGUCUGAAACUGAAAGCAUCUUAAAUGGAAGUUUUGUUGUUAAGAUAAUUUUUCUAGAACUUCUUCAAUCAUUGAAGUUUCCUGUUCUUAUUGUCAAGACGCUGUUUGAUGUCUCUUGCAGAGCUUUAUCAUGUAUUUCUUUAUUGUAAUCUAUGUAUGUAUCACAGAAUUUAGUACUCUGAAUUGUUUGGUGAAAAAUUGAUCGCCAAUGGUUCAUUUCUUACUAUGGUAACAGUGAAGUAAUGUUAUGAUGAUAGAUCCUUUUCAA